AUGGCAUCAAAUCAUCAACCAAAUUUUAUUCGUCAAGAACGAAUACUAGUUUCAUCUGCAAUUCCUUCUGCUACACUUGAUCUUUUUGCACUUCCUCGACGUCCUGCUCCAACAAAUUCAUCACGUCAAAGGGGUGAAUAUCUUUUAACCAACCAUUUCUCCUGUGUAUUCGCCAAUAAUCUUCCGCUAUAUCAAUAUGAUGUAGCUAUUGAAGAACUCGGCUCAUGUUCAGGUGAAUGGUAUGAAUCUAAAGGUCGGUCACGCUGUGGUCGUAUUAUGCAAUUACUUAUCUGUAACGGUGGCUUUGAUCCACAAGUUGUCGUUUGGUAUGACGAACAAAAAUGUUUAUACACUACAUCAUUGUUAACGUCACCACAAUUGAUCAUUAGUAAAGAUGGUCGAAUGCGUAUCCUUGAAACACUUCUGAAGAAAUCACUGCAAGAUCAAGUUGAAGUUGUUAAUAAUACUUGUUAUUUUUUGAAUGAACCACCUAAGAAAUUGGCUGGUGGAUUCGAAGAAAGGCUUGGUUUUACUCAGGCACUUAAUCUAUCAUCUGGUCGUUCAACAUUAAAUAUUCAAACAAAACUAACAACAUUUUAUCCUGAAAUUGCUCUGCUGGAUUUUAUUCACAUUCAAAUUGGUUCAAAGCGAAUACCAAAUGAAAAUGAAUUUAAAAAAUUAAAUCGAAUAUUAAAAAAUUGUUUGGUUGUUACAAGACAAUCAAAUUGGAAACAAGCUUAUGAAAUUGAUCAAUUCGACCAGCGACGACCAACUGAAAUCACAAUUGAAUCAGGUGAAACAUUAGUUGAAUAUUACAAAAACGCAAAAAAUAUUACAUUAAAUCAAACAAAUUAUCCAUGCAUUCAAAGUUUUACUAAUAGCUAUUUAUUUGUUUUAGCUGUUGUUGGUUCGGGUGAUUCAUUAUGUUCAACAACAGCUGUACGUGUUUGUCAGCAGUAUCCGAAAGAAGGCAAAUGUUCAAUUGAAACAAUUGUUGGAAUGGCUGAUAUGGUCGAACAAUUAUUAGAUUAUUAUCGACAAGCAAAUAAAGUCUUACCAAAUAAAGUUGUUUUCUAUCGUGAUGGCGUAGAUGAUGGUCAAUUUGGAAAAGUUAUUGCUCAUGAAAUUCCUGCAAUUCGUCAGGCAUUCGAUCGUAUUUAUGGUAAAAAAUCUAAUCAUCCAUUGUUAACUUUUAUCGUUGUAAAAAAACGUCAUAAUACACGUUUUUUUAAUUAUAAUUCAUCAACAAAACAAUUUAGUAAUAUGAGUAUUGGAACUGUUAUUGAUACAACAAUAGUUCAUCCAUAUCAAAAUAAUUUUUAUUUAAAUUCUCAUUAUGCUUUUCAAGGUGUUAAUCAUUCAUCACUUUAUCAUGUACUUUUCGAUGAUAUUGGUUUUACUGCUGAUGAAUUACAUUUAUUAACAUAUCAUUUAUGUUUUACGGAUCCUCGAUCAUCGGCUGCUGAAGCUAUUCCAUCAGUUGUACAUCAAGCUGAUAUAGCAGCAAUGAAAGCUCGAGAUUUAUUUUAUGAUGAUGAACGUUCAUCAGCAACAAGUGUCGGUGGACGUAGUCAAGCAUUACGAAAUCCAACUUUGAAUGAUUUAGAUUAUGAAAUUCUCGAUGUACAUGAGAAUCUUAAGAAUCGACCAGUAUUUGGUUAA